CCUUGUGUAGGCCAAAAUAUUCUAAUCAACGCGGACAAUGUUCAGUUGGGCAACAACAACACAAUGAUUGCGAACGUGAUGGAUACUGAACGAGUUUCAUUUUCCCAGAUAGGUGAAAGUAAUAAAAUACUUGUUGACUUGCAUGACAAUCGCAGCAAUAUGAAAUUGGAAUUUGGAGGAAAAGAAUUAAGGUUACGAUUGCAAACAUUUGGAAGCGAGGAGGAGGAAAUUGAGAAUUCAAUAAGGAAUGCUGAUAUAAAUGAACUGAACAAACGUUUGAAAGAAAUGAAUUGUCCUAUUGUUAAAAGAAUUGAAACUGGUUGUCUUAUUAUUGACAUAGAAUCCAAAAUUUCAUUUUAUGGGGACCUGAAGAAAGAAAUCGUCAUCAUCUUAGAUCUGAUUUUCAGCCAUAGUGGUGUAUACCAGUUGAUAAAGAAAAAAAGGAUAGAAGAACUGCAUAUGUUUUGCUACUUUUAUUAUACAGACAUUUGCUAUGCGCCAAACGAUAAAAUUACUCGAGUUCAAGUGGUGAAUCACACGACUUUAAAGAUGUCAGAGUUAGCUGUAUGUGAUGUUGAUAUAUAUGCUUCAUAUACACUUCAAAAACUAGCAGCAAACGAUUUUACCACUGAAACACAUGAGCAAGUUAUGCUUUUUAUUUCUGGAGAAGUUGUACAGCCAGAGAACUUGCCUUUAAUUGACAUUCAUCAUGUAUUGGCAACACGUAUUGAAAGGUGCCAAACCAGUGAAUCUAUACAGACUUCCCAAGUAAUACUAAACCACGUCGAGACUCGUUUGUCUGGUAUUCAAAUUUCAAUCACAACCAAGCAUAAAAUAGCUUACAGUCAUCUGCUCUGCAAAACCGGACCAAUUCCAGAAUUUUUGAGAAGCGUUUUAUUCACAAAUUUUCAAGAGGAUGAAAUGAAAUUAGUGCAACUAAUGAGACUUUGUGUGAUUAUGACAGUGCCUUUAGAUUAUGACGACAAAACAAAAGGUGUUGAUUUCUAUCUAGAAGCAGGUUCACAAUUAUCGGAGGCAAUAGAAAACGAAACCUUUCCAUUAAUUGUCUCCACACUUUUAGGUGGACGUGAUGGCAAUCUACCCCAAAGUGUGGAACAGCUGAAAGUGAGAGCUGUUCUUGAAUACACAGACGUGAUCAUUUCAGAUCAAUCUGACGAGGAUAGUGAUCAAGCUAUAGAUAUUUCAGAAUGCCCAGAAACAGAAGAUAUUGAAACCCAGCUCUCAAAAAGAAUUGAAGAUUCAAGACGCGAAGUGAACGAAGGACGUUUACAGAGAGCUAAAGAUAUAGCACAUGACGUAUUUAACAAGUUAACAGAAAAUGACUCCGAAGACGUUAACAUGUUUAAAAACCUGUUGGAAAUAUUUGAAGAGUGUGCUGAUAAUUUCUACGCAUUGAAAUGUUUUUCGAGAAUGCGCAUCAUCAACAAAAUCGAAUUAGAGUUGGACUCGCCAGGACAUUUCAUACUUUUAUCAAUAGCAAUGCAAUACUGGGUUAGAAUCGUUGAGGGACCUUACGAAUUUGAGAAAAUCAUGGACAUGUUUCUAGAAAUGGAAAAUAUGGCAUUUGAAUUUCUGGAGGAUGAUCAGUAUGCUACUGCUGCCGUUCAAUUAUGUCGCGAACUACAAAUUUCAUAUUCACAUUUGUAUUCCAUAUACAAACAAGGAAAUGUGGGAAAGGAAAAAAUGGAAAAAAUACAAGCGAGACAGCGUGUGGUCGAUUUACACGUGAUCAAAAUGUUUUAUCGAACGGAAGAUUAUGACACUAUCUGUUCCAUAUGUAGGGCUAUAGAAAAGAGACAUUUGUUGGAAACAGAAACUUUAAUAAUGUGGGUUCAAGCCCUUCAAAGAUUAGGCAAAGUUGACGUUGCUCUGAAAAAACUUGAAACGACGUCAAUCAUUGAGAGUUCAGAUGAACAGACAAAACAAAUGGUUAAGAGAGUACACGGUGAAUUGAUAAUGGACCAAGAUGCAAAUUUAAAGAAAAAAGGGGAUUUAGAUAUGGACUGGUUAGAAGAUACAAAUUUUCGGAAACCAAAACAAAUGCAGGAAAGUGCAAUGAAAAUCUGGAAACAGCAUAAACCGAAAAAUAGAAAGAAUCGACCAAAGCGACAAGAACAAAAGGAUUGUAAACAAGCUGACAGAAUGAGUGAGCAACGACCAAAAAUGGAAUUUUAUGAAGAUUCUGCGAAGUUUAAAUCUUGGAAAGAUGUUCCUCCAUAUAUCCCUGAGCCAGAUGAGAAAACGAAGAAGCGGAGACAAAAGAGACCUUCUGAAUCUGUUCCAGAUUUAAACGUUAUUGAAUGUGAAAAGCCUGAUUUGGCUGAAAUUGAUUCAGGUCAAGAAUCAGAUGAUGAAAUUCUGCAACAAGAAUAUCAAAUAACGAUUUCAGAUCCAAACUAUAAGCAUUCUAAAGGAGGAGAAGAUUAUAGUGAUGAAAUGCACGAUACAUGGUUUGAAAGUGCAUCAGAUGAAGAUUAUCAAAGCAGCGCGGAACUGGUUGAAAAUGGAUUGGAAUUAUCAGUAAAGUGUAUAGAAACAUUCAAACAUCAUAAACCAAGCUUCCAGUAUCCCCCUGAAGAAAACAUAAACACACUUGGGAAAAAAUUACAAAGUAAUAGAGAUUCCUAUAAGAAAUGCAUAAUUGAAAUAGAUUCUGCUCAUAAAGCUCUCUGCAGGAAUUUGGAUUUAGCUGAUGAUAUACAAGAGAUUUUCAUAUCAGGAAGAUCGAAGUGUGGGAAAGCAUUUUCAGAGGAUGAAGUAAUUGUAGAGGUGUUGGGUCAACCGAAGUCAGCUGAAAAAUCUCCUGAAACAAACAAUUUCACAAAAGAUACUAAAGUGUAUGGCAAAGUUCUUGGAAUUCUGAAACGAAAUCGAUAUCAAGACAUUCGACAUCCGGUGCUGGUGUGCGCAAAAGACGAAUUUUUGCCUUUUAUGAUGAAACCCCUCUGCAAGACAGUUCCAAAAAUACAAAUUUGCCACAGGAAAUGCGAAAGCAAACACCAACUAGACCUAUACUCAUUUGACAGGAAUAAUAAAUGUAUUGAGUAUAGCAAAACGAUACAAAUUGAUCAUGUUGAGCAAAGAGCUUAUUGUUAUUUGGUUGCCAUAAUACACUGGGAAGAUAUGUAUCCAUUGGGUGUUACACUACAGGUGAUCAAUAUCAAAGAUGAAAUACAAUCAGGCAUAGAUAUCUUAAGACUUCAGUUUCGUGUACCUGGAUCAUUUAGUACUGAAACAAUUGAAGAAGCAAAAAAUAUUCAAAGAAUUACCCAGACUGGUCUUCAUGUCAAUGAAAUCUUUACUGUUGACAAGGGCGAAAUUGGAGAGUUUGGUUUUAACAUAAACAGGAGAGAUUCAGAUAUCAUAGAAAUAGGUAUACAUGUUCCGGACGUUGCGUCAGUGAUAGAACAUGGAGGUUUUAUUGAUCUUGAAGCUAGGAAAAGAGGUAUUGACUAUGAAACGGGAGAAAAAUUCAACUUUUCUUAUUUUCUUCCACAGGGUCUUAGAAAAAAGGUUGGUUUCGUUAUUGAAGAAGAGAGAAGAGCAUUAUCUUUAUUCUUUUCAUUUGAAAAAUGUGGAGAUGACAUUUCAAUAAAUCCAAAUACAGAAAUAAAAACUACGGUAGUGAAAACAGUACGUAACUUUUCAAUGCUCGAAGCAAAUAGCUUAAUGAAAAACAGAAACGUGUCAGAAGAUCUAGGAAUACUUGGGUUGUUAUCGGAAAAAUUGCGGAAAGAUAGACUCAGCAAUGCAAUCUUUUAUGAAGAUGUAAGCACAUACUUUCUCGAUGAAGAUGGUGCAUGUGACUACAUCCAAAAAGGGUUAUUCGAGAUUUUACUCUAUGCCGAUUCUAAAGUUGCAGAAUUUUUGUUGCAAUCAUAUCCAGAAUGUGUACCACUCAGGUGCCAGAGUAAACCUUCAAAAAAUGCUGUCACACAGUGGAUACAAUAUCACGACUCACGUGUAGAUGGAACUUUAAUGUCUCUCCAAGGAAUAGAGAUGAAUGACGAAAAGUACUCUGUUCUCCGAAAAAUUCAAAAAAAUGAAAAUCUCAUUCCUGUUCAGGUUUGUGCUGUUGAAAAGAUUCGAAAAUGCUGCGCAAAUGUAGAUGAUCUAAAGGAUGUUAAAAAACUACUAGGUGCAGAUAGAAUACAUCCAUUUCAAUGUUUGGCAUCUGAAGAUUGGACAUCAAUACAAGAAAACGCAGGCUAUAGAUGCUCUUCGAACAAAAUGGAGGACUUGGGUCAUUUUGACCUAAGAUUAUCAUGGUAUACACCGUACAGCAAGCCUCUAUCGAAUUAUUUGGGUAUAGUUGUUCAAAGACUGGUACAUGCAGUGAAAGAUUCCCGAAUUUGCCCAUUUAAAAAAUCAGAGAUUGAGAAGAUCUGUAUGGAAAUAUCAGACAAAAAACGACAAGCUAGACAGUUUUAUAGAAACUGUCAAAUGAUUAUAAUCGGGCACAAAUUUAAGAAACACCCAGUCCUUCUCAAUGGAUUUUUGCAAAAAAUUACCGAGUCUGACAUACAAGCAUGCUUUCCAGCGCUGACGUCACUGCAUAAGUUGAGCAAAUCCAUUCCGUUAAAUCUUAUGCACACGAGACAGAGGCCUGUUCUUGAUAAUGGAGCUGUAACUAUGAAAUGGCAAAGUAGAAUAUAUUCUCAAAGAUUUAAAACUAAAUCAACACCAAAAGAUAAUGUGUAUCUGAAAUUGGAUCCAAAUUUGUCAGUCACAUUUCAGAGUUUAGUUAAAUGGGCAAAACUUUUGCGUGCUUUAGUGAAAGGAGAGGAUGACAAGAUAAGAAAACUUGCAUUUGAGCUUGACUCCAAAGUUUUCAAGACAAAUGACACGGUCAAUGACGUUUGUUCAGAAGUCAUGGAAGGGAAUUUUGCCAACCAAACUUGUACCUACAGUCUGUCUUUCAAAUUUGGCCAGCUUCUCAAAAUACAGAUGUCUGCUACACCUGAAAGAGGAGUGUUGAUACCGAUACCUCAACUGUAUGAUAUCAGUCCAAAUGUGAAGUUCUGUCUUCAACAUGUGCGAAAUCCAGUAGAAUAUUUCUCACAUUUUGCCAAAAAUCAUUCAAAAAAUGAAUAUUCGUCCUGCGAAAAUUACGUAGAGGUUUGGUCACCGAUUAUUUCUAUGGAAAUAGCAUCACAGUGUGCCAGAGAACCUUCAAUUACAAUGUGUGAUGUACCAAUAGUUUUUAGAGAACACGGAGGUUCAUUCGCUUUGAGAUACUCUUACCUAGAAAAAAGAGACAUUGAGUUCACAGCUCAGUCAGUGGAUUUGCUUCCUAAUGAUAAAAACCAUUUGUCGAGUGGACUGGAUUUUCUGUGCAUUAGAUGUCCGUUGAACUCUAAUCCAAGAAUAACUUCAACUUCUGAAAAUGAUGCAAUAUGUUCCAAACAAAGCUAUUGGAUUGGUCAUGCCAGAGUUGCCGACAUCCAACACAAGUCUUUGAACAAAGACGUUGUCCGUGUGCACUUUGUCUGUCAUAAAAGCAGUCCAAAAAUUCCUGAAGAAAUGAAAAAUAAAAGACGAGAAUGUCAUUUAGAAGUUUUGCAAGUUUUUGAUGUUAUCAGGAGAACAGAGAUGUAUAUAAAAAGGUUAGAAACAGCUUCAAGUCUUGCACAAGCCAUUGCGCAACGAAAAAGGACACCGCCCUUAGAUCCUGAUUAUCUAGAUAUCGUUAAAAAGCAGAAAAUAACCGUUAAUGAACUCAAGAUCCAGUGCAAUAAUGAUCAACGAAAGGCUGUGCAAAAUGCUUUACAUUCGAGUUUUUCUUUGAUUCAAGGUCCUCCAGGUACAGGGAAAACUUUCACUGGUGUUGCUUUGAUCAAAUUGUUUUGCUCCAUCAACCAAGACUUAAAGGACAAAAAACACGUCGUCUUUUGUGGGCCUUCAAACAAAUCAGUUGAUUUAGUUACAGAAUACUUGAUUGAAACUUAUGGAUCAUCUCUAAAAGUACUCAGAAUGUACAGUAGUGCUUUGGAGUGCAAAGAAUUUCCGAUCCCAGGAAAAGUGUUCUCUCCUAGACAAACAAAUUACGUCCCUAACGAAGGAAUACAAAAAGUAACACUUCAUCACCUUAUAAGAGAUGCAGGGAAACCAUAUGCUGAAAAAAUAAAAGAAUUUGACAGAAAAUUCAGCAGGCAAUCUUCAAUUGACUACAGAGAAAUAAAGAAGUACAAAAGUUAUAUUGCAUCAGCAAUUCAAGAGGAGGUGCCUAAUUAUGACGUCAUCCUUUGUACAACAGCCGUAGCGACUAGUGCUCGUUUGUUAAUUGCAACGAAAAACUCAAUUUUUCAACUACUGAUUGACGAAGCUGGAAUGUGCACAGAACCCGAAUGCUUAUCUGUCAUAAUAGCGACAAACGCAAAACAGAUAGUCCUUAUUGGUGAUCAUAAACAACUAAGACCAGUUGUGCUCUGUCAAGAAGCUGCCGAACUCGGUCUUCAGAAAUCUCUAUUUGAACGAUAUGCAGAAUCAACUGAGUCUGUACUUACAUUUUUGAGAGACCAGUAUAGAAUGCAUCCUAGUUUGUGUAGAUUUCCAUCGAAACAUUUUUAUGGUGGCAUGUUGAAGACAAUACCCUCUCCCAAGUGGGAAGUGAUAGAACCUCUUCAUAUGUGGCGCGAUCCGAAAGAUCCAUGUGUAUUUUGCCAUAUUGAAGGCGAGGAGGAAUACUUGUCCUAUUCAACAGACGAGGGAAAUGAAAUGUCUCGGUACAACAUGGCAGAGGUCGACCAAGUUGUGAAAGUAUUUAGGCAUUUGGUCAAAAAGGAAGGUGUUGACUAUGCUGAUAUCAACAUCAUGUCGCAAUACAAUGCACAGUGCAGUAAGAUCAGACUUGCCCUCAAAAAACAAAAGUUGUUCGUGCAGAAUGUGAAUACUGUUGUGGCGAGUCAAGGCGGAGAAUGGGACUACGUGAUUUUUAGCCUAGUGCGAUCACUUCCUGAAUACAGGAUAGAACCAAAGCCCACCCAUGGCUGGUGUAUUGAAAAUCUCGGUUUCAUCACGGAUAUUCAUCAAAUUAACGUUGCGCUAACAAGGGCAAGAAAGGGAUUGAUUAUAAUAGGAAAUAUGAAAUUAAUGGAAUGUGACGAUUUGUUUGGUGCGUUACUGGAAGACUAUCGAGAAAACCGCUGUGUUGUCGACGCAGAGAAUUUUCCUCCACUGCAAAGAGGAAAGGGACACAAAAAAUAAAUGCAAAUUGGAUGG